AAAAAAAAAAAAAAAACAAACAAAGAUGAAAGAAAAAUUGAAUUUAACGCAUCAACGUAGUGAAACAUUUGGUAGAUCCAAAUAUGUUGUCCUUGUCAUGACAUUCAUCUAUUUCCUCGAUCCUGCACUUGGCUUUUCUGAGGGUAACGUCGUCAAUUCGCUUCUCUUGACACAAAACAUUGGAACCAAUCGAACAAUAGUCGUGGAUGCAAACGGACAAGGGGACUUCAAAUCCGUACAAGCCGCCAUUGAUCAUGUCCCAAAUCGGAACUCGAAAUGGAUUGCCAUUCACAUCAACAAAGGAAUCUACAGAGAAAAGGUUAGAAUACCGAGUGACAAACCUUAUAUAUUCAUGAGAGGCAGUGGAAAAGGGAAGACAUCCAUUGUGUGGUCCCAAAAGUCAGAAAAGAGCUAUGACUCAGCCACUUUCAAAGUUGAAGCUCCACAUUUUGUUGCAUUUGGUAUCAGCUUUAAGAACACAGCUGCGAAAAAAAACUCGGUGGCAGCAUUUUUGGGAGCAGACAAAGCUGCAUUUUACGAUUGUGCAUUUUUCAGCAACCACAAUACUCUUUAUGACUAUAAGGGAAGGCACUAUUACCACAAUUGUUACAUCCAAGGCUCUAUGGAUCUCAUUUUUGGACUUGGACAAGCUAUGUUCCAUGAUUGUGAGAUAUUUGUGAUUGGUAACCAGAGACUUGAAAUUGGAGGAUCAAUUGCAGCCAAUCACAGGCAAAGCCAUGAAGAAAACAGCGGGUUUGUGUUUUUGAAGGGCAAAGUGUACGGAGUUGGAGAUGUGCACUUGGGUAGAGCCAAAGGGUCACAUUCCAAGGUCGUUUUUGCAAAUACCUACUUAUCCAAGACUGUUUCUCGUCAAGGGUGGACAAAAAGGAACUAUAAAGGAAGUACAGUCAAUUUGCACCACGCUGAGUAUAAAUGUCACGGGCCGGGUUCUGAUUCUGUGAAGCGGGCUCAUUGGUCCAAACAACUCACUUAUAAAGAUGCUGUCAACUUCCUCACCGUUGAUUUCAUCACAGGCCAAGAAUGGCUGCCUACAUGGUUUUGAAGUGCAUCUUUGAAUUGUGCUUGACAAUGGUUGAUGCCUCUAGCUGUGCUUUUGAAUAUUUAUAUUAGCAGUGUGCAAUGUAACUUGUACUUAGGUAAAAUGUAUAGCACUUGUAAAGUUAUUCUUCAGUCAUAUUUACAGAGUAGAAAGAGUGCAUGGUAAUUGUUCUUUUAUGUACUCUUGUGAUGUAUAGCUUAGGAAUAAAAUAAAUGACUAUUGGAGAUAUGAAUAUCUGCUUGAUAAUUG